UGAUAACAAUUUUCAAAUAAAUAAAUAUAAAUACAUGCAUUGGCAUGAAGCCAAAUAAUUACGAAGUAUGUACAUAAUGCAUUUUAAAUGCAAAAUUAUUUUUCUUAAAUAUAUCUAAGCAAACGUUUUUAUUUUCACACUAAAAGAAUUAAUACAGGGAUGAAAGCCUUUCAUUAGCUGGUAAUUAUAUUUCAUGCCUGGCACAAUUAACGUUAAAUCAAAAAACUGAAUUAUAUUAUAAACUGGCGAAUAAAUCUGUGAUUGUCUCGCAUUCACGUUGCUGACAGACAUUGUUAACACACACUGACUCAAACCACAUACUCAUACACACAGAUACGGUGAAAACGUUUCGUCAUACAGUUUCACCCAACAGGACGAAAGAUAACAACAAAAACAACAUAACAAACGCUGUCGAUGCCAAUGAUAGUUAAUAUAAUGACCAUGCUGGAAAAGGAUUCGAUUGCUAUUACUACGCUGAUGAUUUUAGUGAUGAUGCAUCAACGUGACAUCAGCUGUGAGGCCAGCUUGCAGAUACACCAUCAGUCGACGACAACACAAAAUGAUUAUCUCAUCAAUGAAAUGCCACAAGAGAGGAUGGACCAACUGAAAAUACCAAAGGACCAAACACUGGUAGUACGACUACCGUCCAACACUCUUCUCAAAUACAAUUCAUACAAAGAUGUUUCAAUAUUACAUUUUCGUAUGCCGCCGGACACUCGACGAGCCAUGUUCACAUUUAAAGCCAUUGAAGAAUCCAAAAGUGCCUUUCAACGCAAAUGCAAACCUCGUGAUGUAACAUUGCACCUAAAGGCCAGUAGUUAUCCUGUGAUAAGUCCCGAAAAUAUAACUUUUCCUAGAAAUUUCCUAAGUGCUGAUCAAAGAUUUAAAAUUUACAAUUUACAAUUUCAAUCGGAUGAAGUGCAACAACGCAUUACAGUUGAUGGUCCACAGGUGGGGAAUUGGUUUGCAGUGGCUUUUGUUAGCUGGACAGAUCCAAACAAUGAUCGUAUUGAACAACAAGGUCUUGCUGCCUCAUGUGAUACAUUGUUGUUAGCUGAAAUGUCGGUGUCACGUUUCCAACCGAUUAUCAUAAAUAAUGGUCAAGUGCAUAAUAGCACUCUAACGAGCAACAGUGAUGAGAAAAAUACGACCACCAAUGGCAAUAUCAGGACACAAACGGCUGAGAAUGCACAACAACAUCACAGCCAUCAACAAGAGGAGCAACCACAACAGCAACAACAACCACUGAAUGUUAUUAACAAUGUCAAAAAUUCCAACAAUUCAACUUUGUUGUCUGACGUUGAUAGAAAUGAAACAACGACAACAACAAGAGCAACAACGGAAACUAAUACAGCAGUACCUAAAAUAGCUUCUAUAACUGAAAUGUACACGCAAACACCAUCAUCAACUUUGACCACCCAAUCCCCAAAUACUGCAUCAUCUUCACCGUAUACAUCUGCAUCUGCAACGACCUCAAAAUCAUAUAGUAAAAUGAACAUGAACAAUAGAAGCAGUUCCACUGAAACCACAAACAAUGAAAUCAUUUACAAAUUCUAUGUGCCUCGUAACAUUGGAGUAGCCACCGCACGCAUCACAUUUGGCCAAGUGUGUUCACAUUGUCCCGAUGUCGGCUUUCAUAUACAGGCGAACGCCUUCCCCAGCAUUGGGACAGAGACUGAGAAGAGUCAUGAAAGUAAUUACAUACACAGCACUAUUAUUAAACCAAAUCAAACAGGAGAAAUAUCUAUUGAGUUUUAUGUGCAACCCAUGACUUGGCAUUAUGCCCUGCUAAAGUUUGUCAGCCAAAGGAGUUUAAUGGUUAAUUCACUUUUAGGUCAGACACGACCAGAAGCCAAACAAAACGAACAAGUGCGUCUGAGAAACAUGGAGCACUUGUAUAGAGUAAAGCGGCACGAAGGUAAUGAGAACUCCACUUGGUACAAUUUGCCAUUUGUGAUGCAAAUUGAUUACCAUGAACCAUUGGACGUAGACCAAAAAAGUGAGAGUAAAGAAAAUGCACACAAACACGACGAAAUGGAAAAUGAGUAUGCCAGCGAAAACUAUGAGAAUGAGACAAAUUCUAAUAUUACGCAAACUGCAGGAUCCAGCAAAACAUGGGACCCCAAACUAUUUCGCGACAUGGAGUUUUAUCCACUCCUAAGGCAAACCUAUCGGGAGUUCUUUAUGUACGACUAUGAUUUGGUACCCGAUGAAAAUGGCACAGUACCAACGGUGUUAAAUCUAACUGCCGGUAUGCCGGCCGGAUUUGCCUUCGAUGUGGGUGAAGUGUAUGAUAUAGGCGGUACUUUAUCCUUCGCAGUGUCCAUGAAACAUGGCAAUAAAGCUUCGAGUCCAGAGGCUGUGAAAGCAAUGCCUUCUAUUCCCAGCACGAGUGAACGCAGUGGAAUCCUAGCGGAGAAACUCAUAGGCAGUCCCAAUGUCGGUACAAACAAUGACAAUGAUGGAGAGAACGGCAAGGGCAAAUCGAACAGUAAAAACUUGCCUCGCAGUAAUCAAACAAUCAUUGUUUGCAUGAAUCUUGGUGAACCCGGUGAGCCUACAUGGCCCGAUAAGUGUCGUUAUGGACGUCGAUUGCUACCUGCGUCGAGCAUAGUCAAUAACACUGACUCGAAUACCAGUACAGGCUUAAUUCAUGUGCCUUUUCCUGAAAGUGGUCAAUGGUAUGUCACCAUGGGCCUAUAUUGCCAUGGUGCCGAGACAGCUUCUCGUGCUACUAUCAUUGAUAGCGUCAAAGAAUUUGUCAAGAAAUUUGCCCACAUGUUGGACUACAUGCCACAGCCAUGUGCUUGUGCGUCGAAGCUUCCACGAUAUCGACACUGCGUCAAUGACCCCAACUGCCUGGGUGCAAUGAAUGAAACUGAAACCCUAAAAAUCAAAGAGUGCCUUAUGGAUUCAAAAUGUACCUCAAAUCAUCUUGAGAUGACACAAAAAUUUGAAGUCCACCACAAAUUCGCAACUGAGCAGCACUUUGCCCUCGAUAACUGUAGCACAUCGGUGGUAUUUACCAUUUCAUCGAGUCCCUGUGUAGCUGGACGAUGUGGUCGUUAUGGUCGUUGCUAUCAUUAUAUGUCUGGUGGCUUCGUUUUCUCCACCUGUGUUUGCAUGAAAGGCUACCGGGGUUGGGACUGUACAGAAGACUCUCAAGUACCUUCCAGUAUAUCCAUUCUAAUGGCUUCUCUCCUACUAACACUUAGCAAUCUUCUGUUUUUCCCUAGUAUUUACGUAGCCGGUCGCCGGCAAUUCUACACCGAGGCCGUAAUUUAUUUCUUUGCCAUGUUUUUCUCAAUAUUCUAUCACGCCUGCGACUCUGGCGAGGACGAAUACAGUUUUUGCCUAGUCAAAAUUGGUGUGUUGCAAUUUUGUGAUUUCUACUGUGGACUACUGGCUAUUUGGGUCACACUGGUGGCCAUGUCUCAUGUCCGGCAACAGUUUGUCUCACUACUCCAUAUGCUGGGAGCCAUACUUCUGGCAUUUGGAACAGAGCUGAAUAAACAGAGUCUCUGGGUAUUUCUCGCCCCUGCUCUUACGGGUAUUUGUCUUAUAUCGGCCAGCUGGGGAAUGCGUUGUUACAAGUCUCGCAAGUGGUUUCCGGCUCGCAGAUAUUUAACGGUCUACAUGCCAUUGGGUACAGUUCUUGUGAUGGUGGGCCUAGUUUGUUAUGCAUUCUUGCAAACGAAACAAAACUAUCACAUAGUCCAUUCCGUUUGGCAUAUGGUAAUGGCAUUGAGCAUCUUAUGUCUCUUGCCCUCACGUAAAUCGUUCAUACCGAAGUGCUAGCAUUCGCCUUAUACCCGCGAAUUCUUGCUCACCGAGCAGGAAUUCUACAUGUGAACUUUAGCUCUACACUCUGGGUGGCUAUAGCACAGUUAUACGAAACUAUGACCAACAUUACGACCAUUUUUUGCAACUUUUCGCUACCCACUACAACGACCACAACACCAAUAUGCCACUUUGCCCUAUCACCCGAUAGUUUUCGGUAGCUGUCAGUGUAUUCAUCAACAUCACCAUCGACGCCGUCGUCAUAGUUAUAGAUCUAGUUGUAGUUAUUAAUCUAAGAAACCUUAUCAUCUACUAUUAGUUACACUUACUGAUUAAAGAUAAAUACAUAUAUAUUUUUGUUUGUAGUGUCUGCAA